AUGGCUACCGACAUGGAAUCAGACAGCACUGCUGCACCACGGGGCCGACAGCGUCCUGGGGCCGCCUGUGAUGAAUGCAGGCGCCGAAAGCUGCGCUGCGAUGGCCAACAGCCUCAAUGCGGCGUUUGUCAGGACACGGGAGUUUUAUGUGAGGUGACGCAGCGCGGUGUCCGAGGCCCUAAGAAAGGUCAUUUGAAAGCACUCAAAAACCGUGUUGUACAUCUUGAAGCAAUGCUCGAGAGCCGCCUGUCGGUCAAUGGGCGACGAGACAUCCAGCGCGGUUCGAGCAAUGACCUGGCACUUUCUGUCUCGCCCGUUGAUGGUAGCGAUGGAGGGGUUCAUUCUGAGCCCUGGAUUUCUAAAGGGACGGUUUCAUCGGGAUCGGACCACGAAGUCUUUGUGUCGAAUAGCAAUGGUCUCGCUCCUGAUCUAGCCCCUGUCCCCAAUGAAUGGGCUUUUCCGUCGGCGAUCCCUGCCAACCCCCGCCUCCCCCCAUCGGACAUAAUCCAAGCCGAACUGGAUCAACUUUACUUGGACCGAGUUCAUCAGUCCAUCCCUAUUCUUCAUCAAAGGCGAUACCUGUCAUGGUCCAAGUCAAACAACAAGACAGCGCCACGCCGAUGCCUUCAGUAUGCUAUGUGGACGCUGGCCUCGCUUGUAUCGGCGCAAUUUCGAGACAUGAUAGAGCCACUCUACCAAGAAACGAAACAGAUGCUCGAGUAUCUCAGUGUAGAGGGCGCCGAGCAUAGUAGCGUCAAUACUGAGCUCGGUCAGGCAUGGGUACUUGUCGUCACUUUUGAGUCCAUGCGAACAUAUCACCGUACAGCGUGGAUGAGCGCCGGUCGAGCCUUUCGCUUGGUACAAGCUAUGCGCUACCAUGAGAUUGAUAACCCCAUCGACAAGAGAGGGCCCUCUUCUCCCCAAUGUGGCGAUUUUAUUGAAGUUGAGGAAAGACGCCGUGUGUUUUGGAUGGCUUAUUUCCUUGAUCAUAUCAUCAGUAUGCGGGAUGACUGGCCCAUUACUUUGAACGAGCAUGUGAUCUGCACUCGGCUUCCCGCACCGGACGGGGAAUUCCAGACCGGUACCUUUGAGCUGGGUCCAUUCUUGUCCGAGGCAAUGACGGAACUCAACAUCAAAUUCCGGUCGCCGUUCAACGAAUGCCUCAUACUAGCCACGAUUUGUGGCCGCAGUCUUCUUCAGAGCCAGCGAUAUCACAUUUCAAAGGCGUAUGGAGAUAUGGCAAUGGACGGGUCUGAUCAGAGGCGGUGGCUCGAUAGUAUUCUCACAAGCAGGCUUCAAAUUUUAUCGCAGUAUUACCCGUCACCGACCGAGUCAUACGACCCAUUGUUGCUUUUCGCCAACAUCCUUGGCCAGGCAACGAUUAUAUAUUUCUGCAAAGCCAUGACCGACACAGUCGCGGAUUCCAACAGGUCUAAUAAUGAGAUCACUGAAAUUUUGAACUAUAAAGCAAGGGCAUUGGAGGCUUCGGCGGCAAUAAUUCGCCUCGCUUCGACGUUGCGCGAACUUCCAUUCUCCAAGGUUCAUCCGUUGAUGCCCAUCCCAAUCUUCCUUUGCGCGGAGUUUCUAUACGAUGACAUGCAAAAUGAAGCCUUCCAAAUGCACAUGCAAGGGCUUUUCCACGUCCUCCGCGAGCUGAAGAACGUGAACAACCCCGACCAAAGUUACUUGGAUCUACUACCACGGUCCUGUAUUUCCAAAACAGCCGAUCUAUUCAGUCACAGUGUUGAGGAGAACACACCAAACAGUAGAUGA